GAGAACCAUUUGAUGAGCCCGUGGUGUCAGGAACCAUCUUGUGUGAGCCGCAACACAAACGUGAUGGAAUAACACGGGGACGGAGGAAACUGCGCCCCCAUGGCGGCCACAGGCACCGAAUGAAACCGGAGCCGGAUGUGAGGUUUGAAAUACAGCUCCACACGACCGCGUUGGAUGCCUGGUUGAUACAGAGAUGAGCGGUGAGAACGUGAAGUUGUUUGUGGGGAACCUUCCUUUAGAUGCAACUCACGACGAGCUAACCAAGCUCUUUGCUCCAUAUGGAGAGAUCAACACCUGCUCUUUGCUCCGACAGUAUGCCUUCGUUACACUGAAGGGAGAAGGGGCAGCAGACAGGGCCAUCCGGCAUCUUGAUGGCAAAGAGUACAGAGGCAGGCCCCUGGUGGUCGAGGAGUCCCGUGCACGUCCACCCAACUCCACUAAAGUGUUUGUGGGGAACCUCAGCGCCACAUGUUCGGCAGAUGACUUGCACGGGCUGUUCUCAACCUUUGGAAGAGUUUUAGACUGUGAUAAAGUCAAAGCCAGAUUAUGCUCAAAUGUUGGCUAUGCAUUUGUGCAUAUGGAGAGAAAGGAGGAGGCCAUGGCAGCCAUUGAUGCACUUAACGGGACCAUGUACAAGGGCCGCCAGUUGGCUGUCGAGCUGUCCAAAGCCCAACCUUUGAUCAACCAGAUUGCAACAGCUGGAAAUUCAGGGGGUCUAGCAGCAGGUGGUCUUCUUCCAAGACCACCCCCAUCACUAGAGCAUCACCAGAGCCAAGCAGCAGUGUUAGCAGCCGCUGCAGCAGCUGCAGCUGGACUACCCAUCCAGGUUCAACAAAGUGUCCAUAAUUCAUUCUACAACACCACAUCUUUUGACCCCACGUACGCUGCUCUUAAAGGCAUCACAAGCGCUAAAGGUGCAGAUGGGGUGAUAUACGGCGCCCUUGCCAGCCAGGUGUAUGGAUCUGUCGCUGACCAGGUGUACCAAGAUAUUGCCAAUCAUAGUUCUGCAGUAGCCGCCCCCGUUGAAGAAGUAGAGCCACAGACUGCACCAGAUCCAACAACGCUUUUCGAGGCAGCAAGAGCCAAGUUCUUCCAGGAGGGACAGAAGGUUCUGGCAGAACAGCAAGCAGGGAGAAAAGCAGCAGCUUCAGAGAACGAGCGGGACCGCAGCCCAAUCCGAGGGAAUCGAGCACCCCUCCUCCCCGACCCAGUUCCAGGUUCCUUCGCUCAGAUACGACCCAAACGCCGCGCCCUGCUGCCGACACCACCUGGAGGACCUGAAGAGCCCCCAGCUGCAACCAGCGCUCCUGAAGGGUCAGAUCCUGUUGCUAGGUCUUACUCAGAGUACUACCAGCAAAUGCAUCAGUAUCAACAGUAUCAACAGUACCAGCAACAGUACCAGUACCUCCAGUAUGCCUACACCAAUCCCCCUCCCCCUCCACCACCUCCUCCACCUCCACCGGCCACAACACAGGCACAGGCCUCCACCACAGCACCUGCGCCGCCGGGGACGUACUCAGCACCUCCAUCCUAUGCCGCAUCAGGAGCCUACCCACCGCCGGGAACAUAUGACACUUCAGGAAGUUACGACUCCUCAACUGGGAGCUACAGCGCUUCAUCUGGGAACUACGACACUUCGUCAGGAAGCUAUGCCGCAUCCGGAGGCUACGGCGCACCGGGAGCAUAUGAUUCAUCGGGAGCUUACACAGCAGCAGGAAGCUACUCCUCAUCCACACCGUAUGAGCAGACAGCCGCACACGGGCAACCCAUGCCCCAGCGCAAUGAUUACCCUUACCACACGCCAGAACCCCCUUACCGAUAGUCCCAACCCUAAACACUCCUUCCACACUGCAGACGUGUGUGUGUGUGCGUGUGUGUGUGUGUGCAUGUGUAUUUACAUAAGGGACAGUUUAAAGAGGAAAAUCAGAGAGGGAGCGAUGUUGCAACUCGAGUGUGCUUUAAAUCUGAAGCAUCUCCCCUUUUCUCCAUCGUAUCCGAGUUUCUAACUAGCUUGCCUGUUAGUCGGUGGCGGUCGAGUGGAUAAUCAGUUAACGAGGCGUUUGGAGAAGCAGAGAGGGAGAUAUAAGUUGGACAGCUAAUGUUGGAGUAUCAUCAUUCAUGUUCACAGAUUCUGUUAAAUGUUAUAGAGGCACAGCGGGCUCCUGGUUGAAAGUUAAAGAAGCUGAAACGUUUCUUGGCACAGAGUCAGACUCGCUGGUGAAGCUUUUGUUUGAACUCGAUCAAGGCCUUUAAAUACUCUGCAUAACGCGUACAUACAGUACAAACUUCAUGUCAAACUAAUACAAUAAACGGUUAUAUUCCUUCAUUAACAGUGAACUGGCACCGCAGCAAAAAGAGAAAACUAUCCAUCUGGCAAAUUGGCUCUAUUUCUGGUUGGUUCAGUCUUGCAGUGUUUGAGAUUCAGGUCAGAUUAGACAAAUUUUUUUCUUCCAUGAUUACAAUUAAAAACAAAAUGGAUCCAACCACACACACACACCUGAGAACAUGUUGUGUGGAGUAUCUAACAGGCUGUUGUUUGGGUUCAGCUUCACUGACCCUUUCGUAACAACCUGUUCUUUUGCUGAAUUUUAACACAUGUUGACUAGAAAAGAAAGCAGAACUGAUGUUAAAUCGGGUUUGAGCGUCACAUCGUCCGGUUCAUUAUGCCUCUCCUGGAGAACCUUUUUCUAAAGACUGAGGAUGUAAUUGACCAGACAGUCUUAUGAAUAUGUUUCAGGCUGGAUUCACUGAGCUGACAGGUUUAGUGCUUCUAAAGUGAUUAUACAUGAUCACUCUUAAGUGGUGUAUAAUUUUUGUCCCUCUCAAGUUUGGGUCACGGGAAUCUUUGAUCUGUAAAAGAAACCCUGAAUAAAUUGCAGGAUAAGCGUGUCACUCAGAUUAUGUUGCAGCAGAUUCUACCUGUUGGUUUUGAGAUGUGAGGAAUUAGCACAGGGUUCAUUUGUAGUCCACACAGGCCUUCCUGUUCAAUCCAGUUUGCUUAAUUUAUGAUGGAAAUUAGCAGUCUGUUGUUAUACGUGCAUUCCUGGAGGGAUAGCUGAGUGUGAAUUUUUGACAUGACCUCGAUAACGACAGAGUAGAAAUACACUGCAGUCGUUCAAAUGUUUCAGCCAUUUAAAUUUAGAUAAAUGACUGGGCUGUUGUCUCUGAGCAGUUUGCCAUGAUGUACCUUUGUUGUGUUUUCCUGCUCGGCUCUCUGUAUGUCCGAAACACAAACACAUGAAGACGGAACAAACAAAUCCCGCUCUCAGGAGUUGAAUGUGUCCUAGAGUUUUUGUUUUAAAGGUCGGCGUUUGCCUCUAAAACAUUUGAAUAGAAGUAAUUCAUCUCUUUCCAGUUCAGUUUUGUGUUCAGUUGCAUCCUGUGUGAAACAGAAAAGUGAAUGCAUUCACUUCUUUCUUUAGUUUUGGGUGUUUCUCAGUUGAACCCAGGUUUUUGGAAUAUUUUCCCACUGAAGGAGAAGAGUUGCUUUUUUUUGUUGGUUUUGUACAUAUUUGCAUUUAUAAAAGCAAGAGGAAUGGCAGCAUUCAGCCAGUGAUGUUAAAACAAUCCGACAAAUUCUACUUAGAUUUCCUUUUGGUUUUUUUAGACAUUUUCUAUCGUUGGCUUUAAUUCUGGUCCCGUCAGCUGCCGUCAUCACCUCUGCUCUCAUUGGAAACCUGAAAGUUGAGUUAGUUUUCAUACCUGAAAUUGUACAACUUGGUAACUCUUGUAAAUACUAAAAGAAAAAACCAAACUUAUUUUAAACUGAAAAUGAAAUGGCGACCAAUAUUUGGUUGAACGGGGAAAACAUUGACUGUUAAUACUAAGAUGAAUUGAUUGUAUUUCUUCCUUUAACGGUUUGAGAUGGCAAGUAGGCGAGAUGAAGUAGGACAGUUGUGUACCAGUGUGUAUAACAAUAAGAACAGGUGAGCCGUUUGUGUGGCAGUGGCUGGGAAGGAUUACCAUCAUGCUUGUAGCAUGUAGCGAGUGGUGGGUUGUACGAACUAAAUGCGCUAUGAAAUCACAUUUGAAGUGAAAGGUGAAGCAUUUUUCCAGCGUUUCUGAGUGCAGAGCAAGUACAGGUUUAUCUUUUCCUGACUGCGGUGCAGUGUGGUGUGUUGCUCUGUAUUGUAGGGUUACUGACUGAGCGGAUACCAGGUGACGGUGUAGGUGCUGCAGGUGAGCACGAUGGUGGUUUCAGAUACAGCAAAAGGCGGCAGAUUUAUCCCGAGCAGCAGUGAGAAGGGCCGACGACCUUUUCCUUUACCCUCGUCUGAUCUCACCAGAAACACACACCUCAUUUUUGACACAGGAUCACUCUGCAUUCAUUCCACACCUAUACAACCCCACACUGUAUUUCAACUGGGUUCAUUGCAUUACUCAAGUAAAGCAGACUCGCAGGUGCAGAUUAUACUAACGCACACCUGAUUCCACCUGUAUUUUAAUAUCACUUGCAGUAGCUGUUCCGUUCGUGAUUGUCACUCAUUUCUUACUCGCCACCUCAGUUCGUAGUGCUUUUUGGUUAAGUGACACAUAGCCUCUCAAAAAUAUCCACAUUAUUCCACCUUCUCCAUGUGAACUGUUAGUUGCAUGCCUUGUUGUUGCUGCUGCUCCAGCCACCUUCUUCCUCUUGCUGAUUAUUGCAGCUAGAGUGGGAGGGAGCCAAACUGAGCCCUUGCCCUGGACGUACGCCACACGCAGCUGUAGCGUGGGAUGGGGAAAACAGCAGCGUUAGGCCUGAAAAUGCUGUGGACGAUGGGGUGUCCCCCCGCUAAGGUAAACACUCAGACCACACACUCCUGCCCCUCCCCGAAACACGCGUACACACUCUCAAACAUACACACAUUACUGAUACACCUGUGUCCAUACUUCCUAUUCCUUACCUGUCUUCAGGGAUUUUUCUUUGUAAGGAUUUUUGGAGAUGGAUCCCUUGUCUCUCUUUUCUUCUUUUUUUUUUUUUUUUUUUUUUUUAACAGGAGAUAACCUUUUUUCCUGCUUUGAUUUUCCUGAUCACAUCCCUACAUUUACCCCCCCAAGCAUACUCUGCUCAUACAUUCCUGCUCCCAACAUACUGACCGCUCACACACACAAGAUUUGGAGGACACGUCCUUUAGUCUAAAUCUGAACCCUUUCAGAAGCAGUCAUGUUGUUGUUAGUACGUCUCGUACCUAACAGCCCGUCAUUCAAGAGUACCAGGCAAUCACAGCCAGAGCUGGACGUGGGACAUUUAACGGGGAUGGGUUGUUAGUUUUUGUAAAUGCGCCCCUGGGGCCACUUCGGGGUUAAGUGCCUUGCUUAAGAGCACAUCUCUAGGCCCUUCAUUUCAGAGUUGAAUAACACUGGCUCAGGAUCGGUUGCUGGUUCAACGCUCGACUCCCCCUCUCCCCCAAAACAGCGAUUUUUUUGAUGCCACAUUCAACUUGUAUGAAUGACAAUGAACACAAAUAUCAUUUUGUUUUAAAUUACAUUUUGUCCUAUGUUCUUUGAAAUGUUUAAUUAUCAAUAAAUGAAUUUCAACUGAACUGUAA